AUGUUCCUCAAUAAACGUGCAGCUGGCUAUAAAAUUAAUCAUACUCGAGUGCUUCGAGAUAUUGUCAGAACCUAUUACUUUUCGUCAGGUUCAUAUAAGCUUCAGUCGAACAGAAUUUCCCCAUGUAUAAGAACUCCGUUUCUGUUGGAGAGAACAGUUGCCGCGUUUUCUACAAGUACACAUUUAUCGAGAACGACAACAGGGGGGAAUGUAAGCUGGAUCGAUAGAUUGGGGCUAAGAAAUUUACUUGGAAAACCACAAGAAGAUAAAUGGUCAGAUAGUCUGUUGGAAGAACGGUUAAUAAACUUUCAAGAUUCUACUGAUGUGAGACAGAGAGCCUCUGAAAUGAAGCUACGAGGAAAAAAUUUUCGUAAAGCUGUAGAUGAUUUCAUUAAUGCUGUUCGUAAAGGAAGAAUUGGGCGGUGUGAGAUAUCAGCUACAAAAGCAGCCUUUGAAGAAAAUGGGGUAGAUGGGAUUGAUAAAUUGUUGAUGUCUGCGUUUUAUGAGUUUUCUCAAAAUUAUCUUGAGAGUGAACAACUAGAGGCAUUUAGUUCAUUACGGCAGCUUAGUGACUUACGAUAUCCCGCGGACUGGCAUCCUGCUGCUAGAGCAAUGCAACGGAAAAUAAUAAUGCAUGUUGGACCUACAAAUUCGGGAAAAACAUAUCAUGCUCUCAAGCGACUAGAAGGUGCAAGUUCAGGCAUUUACUGCGGCCCUUUACGUCUACUUGCUCAUGAGAUUUAUGAAAGGAUGAAUCAGAAAGGAAUCCCUUGUAAUUUAAUUACCGGAGAAGAAAGGCGUGAAAUGCCCGGUGAAGUUCCAUUGACAGCUUCAACUGUAGAGAUGGCAAAUUUAAAUAAAGAACUGGAUGUCGCAGUAAUUGAUGAAAUUCAAUUGAUUUCAGAUCCAGCACGUGGUUGGGCUUGGACACAAGCUUUGCUGGGCUUACAAGCUAAAGAAAUUCAUUUAUGUGGGGAAACUUCCGCGGUACCCUUAAUAAAAUCAAUAUGUGCCUCAUUCAAUGAGGAUGUUGAAGUUCGAACGUAUGAACGUCUUACUCCAUUAACAGUAGCAGAGUAUUCGCUGAACGGAAGUGUUAAAAAUAUUCGAAAAGGAGAUUGUGUAGUCACUUUCUCUAGAAAGAAUAUUUUUGCUAUUAAACAGGAAAUUGAAAAAGAAACUGGAUUUAGAUGUGCAGUCGUUUAUGGAGGAUUACCGCCUGAGACGAGAUCUAUGCAAGCAGGAUUAUUUAAUGAUCCUGAAAGUGGCUAUGAUGUUCUUAUUGCAAGUGAUGCUGUAGGAAUGGGCUUAAAUCUAAAUAUAAAGCGUAUUGUUUUCGAAACAGUCCAAAAAUGGGAUGGGAGAAAACAAUGUCUCAUACCGUUUCCACAUAUUAAACAAAUUGCGGGGCGUGCUGGCCGAUUUUCCACUGCAAAUAGUUCUGGCGAAGUCACCACAUUAAUGAAUGCUGAUCUCAACUAUUUACAUAAAGCAAUGGCGGCGCCGGUUCAAAAUUUAGAGAUGGCAGGAUUACAACCAAAAGUAGAACAAGUAGAACUUUUCUCUCAUCAACUCACAACUCCUCAUAGUUUUUCGGAAUUAUUGGGUAAAUUCGAAUUGUUAUCUCGCGUGGAUGGAUUAUAUUUUUUGUGUAACUGGAGUGAUUUGAAGAUUAUUGCAGAUAUGAUUGAGAAUCUUCCACUGGACAUAACGGAUCGAUAUACCUUUUCAGCAGCCCCAACAAAUACUACUGAUCCAUUAGUAAUGGCUUAUUUGAACAAGUUCGCUACAAUGUAUAGUAAACAACAAAUAUGCCUACUAGAAAGUUUAGUUAGAGUCCCUGAGUCACAUGCCACGACAAACGAAAGACUAAAAGAACUAGAAUCGGCUCAUCGAGUUGUAAUGCUAUAUAUGUGGUUAAGAUAUCCGGGAUCAUUUUCAUCUGUUGAGGCUGCAGAAGAUAUAAAGAAACAAUUGGAAAAUUUAAUUUUGCAAUCACUGCAUACUAUCAGAUUCACAAGAGUAAGACCUCGUGGAGGAAUCGAUCCUGGCAUGGCAGAAACUGGAAAAGUCAAGAAAAUGGUUUUCGAAGGAAAAUCAACCGGCCCUACAAAUGAAUCACGGCCUACAGGUGGUGGAGUUGGUAGUGGUCACCUUGGUCCGGGAGGCAGUAGGACAGGAAGUGGCUCAGGAGGUCCAAGAGCACGUAGACGUCCUGAGCCAAACUAUGCGCGAAAGUUUUCACAUUUAGAGGUUAUAUUAGCGCUCACCUGUGUCUUAUUUCUGAUAUUGACGAGCGUUUUUGCGGGAUUAUAUGCUCGUGGGAAGUCAAAUAAGCAUCAGGUUGAACCAACACCACCACCAUUGCCGCCGAAGUGUCCUCCAGUAGAGAAAGAAGAGGAACCUUGUCUGGAACCACACUGUGUGAUAGCUGCUGCUGAGAUAAUUUCAGAUAUGGAUACGAAAAUUGACCCUUGCCAGGAUUUUUUUCAGUAUUCUUGUGGUGGAUGGCUAGAUAAAAAUGUGAUCGCUGAUGAUAAAGGUCAAUACGGAAUUUUUAAUAGCUUAUAUGAAGAUAAUCAGAAAAUUCUAAAAAGUCUAUUAGAAAGUGAACACAGUCCAACAAAUGAUAACGGGAAAGAACCAACUUUUCCAAACCCAUCUGAAAUGCAAGACAAAUUAAACUUUUAUAAACUACAAUCACUCUACAAAUCAUGCAUGAACCUAACACAAAUUGCAAAAGUAGGUGUCAAACCAUUAGAGCCAAUUCUGGCAGAAAUUAUAAAGUUGUUCCCAGUUGAGCCGGAUCAAUCAUUGAUUUACUUGUUGGAACGAAAAUUAAGAAAAUAUCAAGCAGAGUUAAUGGAGAAAGCUCUUGGUGCUGAAAUUUAUGACGAUGAAACAAACACCGUUUUUGAAUCUAACAUCCUAGGAUCGAUGCUUGAUGCUGGAAUGGAACGAUAUCGACAGAAUGAAUGGGAACAUCUUGCUGAUAAAAUCGUUGACUUUGAAAAAAAACUCGCGAAAUUUUCUCUUUCUGCUGAAGAAUUUUCUGACCCUGAAGCAAUAUACAAUCCACACUCGAUUCCUUCGUUAGACCAAUUAUGUAAAAUGAUUUUUUGGCCUCAACUUAUCGAAGCAUUAUUACCCCCCGCCGCUGAUUUCCCGUCCAAGGUCAUUCUAACCUCAAAUGAAUAUUUCGAGAAAUUAUCACAAUUGAUCGAGGAAACGCCUCCAUCCACUCUACAGGUGUAUUUUUUAUGGCAGACUAUUUUUGAAUAUGCAGAUCACUUAGACGAGGAAUUCCAGGCAACGUUGCGUCGCUUGUCUGCUACGCUUAAAGGUGUGGAUGGGACGGUCAAACCGAAACGAUGGGAGACCUGCUUGAAGGUUGUGGAUGAUGUGAUGGGAUAUAUGGCUGGUAGAUUCUUUGUCUUAAAAACUUUUAAAGGUGAUAGUAAAAAUCUUUCUCACCAAAUUAUCGAAUCGAUAAAAAAAGCAUUCAUAGAAAGAAUGCCUCAUCUCGAUUGGUUGGAUGAAACGACUCGAGAAAAAGCUAUAUACAAGGUCAAUCAAAUCGCAGUAAAAGUCGGGUACCCAGACUCUACACCGGACACGAUGGAUCCAAAAUCUCUCGCCGAAUACUACGAGCUUCUAAAAAUUGGUGAGACAAUGUACUUUGAAAAUAUUGUCAGCGGAAACAAGUGGAAAACGGAUCGUGAUUGGCGCAAAGUUGGGAAACCGGUUGAAAAAGGAAAUUGGUAUAUGACCCCACAGACCGUUAAUGCGUAUUAUAAUCCAACUGCAAAUGAAAUUGUGUUUCCUGCAGGAAUCCUACAACCCCCAUUUUUCUUUGCUACAAAUCCGGAGUAUGUAAAUUACGGUGCGAUAGGUGUGGUUAUUGGACAUGAACUUACGCAUGCAUUUGAUAGCAGUGGUCGACAAUAUGAUGAAAAAGGCCGAUUGACUCAGUGGUGGUCAAAUGCCACAAUAGAAGCAUUCAACAACCAAACCCAAUGUUUCGUCAAACAAUACUCGAACUAUACAAUUAACGAUCCGAAAGGUUUGCCGGUAAACUUGAAUGGAAAAUUGACUCUUGGUGAGAAUUUGGCUGAUAAUGGAGGAUUACGUGCAGCCUAUUACGCCUGGUUAGCAAACUACAAAGCCGACCCCGACCAAAAAAUACACAAAAAUUAUUUACUUCCUGGACUCAAAAAUUUCACGCGCGAACAAUUAUUCUAUGUGUCUUUUGCACGUGUUUGGUGUUCAAAAACUCGACCUGAAAAUGCUGUUGAAAGGAUACGUACAGACCCUCAUUCGCCUCCAAAAUGGCGCGUUAAUGGUGUUCUGAAAAAUUCCGGACAUUUCUCGGAAACAUUCAAGUGUAAAAAGGGGUCAUUUAUGAAUCCCGACGAUAAAUGUAAAUUAUGGUGA